GCAGGGGUUUCAGUUUCUGGCGCGAACUUCCGCCGUUGCGAAGUUGCAGGGCGGCUUGGCGCGAUGUCGGGGGACGGCAGCGGCCGCCGGUCCGAGGGCCGGGGCCGGGGCCGCGACCCGCACCGGGAUCGCACCCGCUCCCGCUCCCGCUCGCGGUCCCCGCUGUCGCCCAUGUCCCGCCGUGGCGCCGCGCCCGAGCGCAGGGAGGCCCCGGAGCGCCCGAGCUUGGAGGACACGGAGCCGUCGGAUUCCGGGGACGAGAUGAUGGACCCGGCGAGCUUGGAGGCGGAGACCGACCAUGGCCUGUGCCGCCAGAUUCGCCAUCAGUACCGGGCGCUCAUCAACUCGGUCCAACAAAACCGGGAGGAUAUAUUGAAUGCCAGUGACAAGUUAACAGAGGUCCUUGAAGAGGCCAACACCCUGUUUAAUGGAGUGUCCCGAGCAAGAGAAGCAGUCCUAGACGCCCACUUUCUUGUUUUGGCUUCAGAUUUGGGCAAAGAGAAGGCAAAGCAGCUGCGUUCUGAUCUGAACUCGUUUGAUAUGUUAAGAUAUGUUGAAACUCUACUGACACAUAUGGGUGUAAAUCCGCUAGAAGCUGAAGAAAUCAUCCGUGAUGAAGAUAGUUCUGAUUUUGAAUUCAUAGUCUAUGACUCCUGGAAAAUAUCAGGCAAAACAGCAGAAAACACCUUUAAUAAAACCCAUACAUUCCACUUUCUGUUGGGUUCAAUACAAGGAGAGUGCCCUGUGCCAAAGCCACGAACUGAUCGUUCAAGAAAAGUUCGUAUGAUAGAAGAGCAGCAGGCAAUGCCUGACGAGUUAAAAAGAAUGGAAGAAUCUCAUCAAGAAGCAACAGAAAAAGAAGUAGAAAGAAUCUUGGGAUUGUUGCAGACAUAUUUUCAAAAAGAUCCUGAUACUCCGAUGUCCUUCUUUGACUUUGUGGUUGAUCCACAUUCUUUUGCCCGAACAGUGGAAAACAUCUUUCAUGUUUCUUUUAUUAUAAGGGAUGGGUUUGCAAGAAUAAGACUUGACCAAGACCGACUGCCAAUAAUAGGUAACAAACUUUACAAUGCUGUAUCUUCUUCAACUAACUGAAAAUGCUGAAAACUUGAUCAUAGUUUAAAACCUAUGGAUUCAUCUGUGUCAUUGAUGGAACAUCUAUUGCUGUGAAGACGAACAAGAAAUGAUAUAAUUUCCCUUAAAUUUUAAUUUAGAAAGUUUGUAAUUGCAGUUAUUUUUGUAGUUUCCUUCUUUCUAUUUUAACCCUAAUGCCAGCAGCUCCUCCUCUCCGUGAGAGAAUCUUUAAUUCUUUGUUGAAUGAUUCACACUCUCCAUUACUCUUUGCCUUCUAAGGUCUCCUGUAGAGAAUGAAGUUCUUUCACUGCACUUAUGUCUUCCUUUAAAAGUUCUUAAUUUCAUGUUGGACCCACUAGGCCUUAGCUCUGUGGCUGGUUCAUAGAUAUGCAGAGUUUUUCAAAUGAUUGGAAUGUGUUAUUCUACCACAUUUUUUUCUGAAUGGAAGCAAACGGGACUACUUGCUAUUGUAAUAAUACAGCACAGUAAUGCAUGAAAUCCUA